GUUGAACUUUUGCAGGAGUGACGGAUGACGCUAGACUAAUCCCUGUCACUUCGAGAAACAUCUUUCCGAGAGUCGGAACGGGAAGAAGUACUCAACACCACACCAACUCCACAAGAAAAGCAUACAGCAUGGCACUUCCGGAAUACAAGAAGAGCUUUCUCGAGACCUGUGUGUCCGCCGGGGCACUCAAGUUUGGCACUUUCACCCUCAAGUCCAAGCGUGUCUCGCCUUACUUCUUCAAUGCGGGACUCUUCCACAGGGCAGAUCUGCUGCGGUCAAUGUCUUUGGCAUACGCCCAGUCCGUGAAGGCUCAUGGCGACGCCGACUCUUCGUUCGACUUUGAUGUUUUGUUCGGCCCCGCAUACAAGGGCAUUCCUCUGGCUGCAACGACCAUCGACAAGCUGGCUGAUCUGGACGCUGCAAAGUACGGCAAGAAGAGCUACAGCUUCAACCGCAAGGAGGCCAAGACCCACGGUGAGGGUGGUAACAUUGUCGGUGCCUCGCUCAAGGGCCAGAAAAUUGUUAUCAUUGACGAUGUUAUCACUGCCGGAACCGCUAUCAGGGAGGCUAUCGACAUCAUCAAGAGGGAGGGAGGAGAGCUUGUCGGCAUCAUCGUUGCGUUCGACAGGCAGGAGAAGACUCCUACUGAGAACGACGACGACGGCAAGCCUGGACCGAGCGCCAUUGGCGAGGUCAGGAAGCAGUACGGCAUCCCGGUGCUCUCCAUCUUGACACUGGACGACAUUGUCGAGUUCCUGAGGAGCCAGGGCAGUGAGGAUGAUAUCAAGAGGCUUGAUGAGUACAGGGCGAAGUACAAGGCCAGCGACUAGAGAUCAUAUCGGACCAGCCACGGCAGAACUACGAUGGAGACACACCCUCGUCAUGAAGACGACACGACUGUUACGUUGGAGGACAGCACGUGUGAUGAGGAAGUCCCGUGCAGCAACGGCGCUUAUGGGCAGGGAAAAAGGUUAGACAAAAUCAAUACGUGCUAUAUAAGCACGCUGCUCAUCGCAUCAUCAUGCAAUUAUGAACGGAUGGAGCUUAUUCUUGGUAUGUAUUGAUUGGUAGAGAAGCAUCGUGAUGCCGAGGGUACAAGCAUUUAUGCAAGUGUUAGCGAGCCAGUUCGAGGGGCGCGCUAAGGCGCGUCACCCAGACCGCGACAUUUCCCCUUGGAUGUUUACUUCGAGCGCAACACUAGCUAU